GUACGUCGUCGUCGCCGUGCCGCCGCAGCUCUAUGCUAGCAUAGGUCUGCUGCCGGUGCUGCCGCCACAUCGGCAGAACGCGCUGGAAGGGUGGACUCCGGGCACGGCGAUCAAGACCAUCCUGGUUUGGCAACAGCCCUGGUGGACUCCGUCUCGGCUCUCCGGACACAUCAGCUCCCCGAAGGAUAUCUUCAACUCCGUCAUGGCGGGCUCCUGCGCUGAGGGCCAGCCGGGGGUGUUGGUCCUCUUCUCCACUGGCCCCAAUGGCAAGGAGCUCCUGAAGAUCGACUCGGAGCAGGGACGGAUCGACAAAGCACUGGAAUUCUUGGCCGAGAUGUUUGGACGCGUAAUACCCACUCCGGUGGCUGCUCGAUCGAUGAACUGGUGUGCCGAACCCCUCAGCCUUGGCGGCUACGCCUCCUUCCCUGCGGUGGGCGCGCGCAAGAAGGCCCCCGACCUCUUCCAGCCCUUCCGCGGGAUCCAUUUCGCAGGGACUGAGACUGCAGAUGAAUGGCGCUCUUACAUGGAGGGCGCGAUUCAAUCAGGCGAGCGGUCCGCCAGAGAGAUCAUCGCCGCGAUGACAGCUGCCUGA